AAGAAAAGCGCGAAUUGUACUAAUUUUUUUGGAUUGAAUUGAAUAAUUAUUUUAUGCGGUACGAUGAAUUAACAGCAACAUCAAUUGAUAAUUAAGAAGCAUUGCGUUUUCUUGUCUCAACAUAAGUCUUCAACUAUCAACUAACCUUUUAAUACAUUCAGAUUGAAGUGCGAAUUGCUUCUGACGAAAAUUCAUCAUCUUAGUCAUUAUCAAGUUUGAACGUGCUGGAACAUUUACGUUUACGAAUAUAUCAAUUUUGUAAAGUAUUCGCAAAGAAAGUACUAGUAACGAAACGGUAGAGAAUUACCAUUGGUAGCACUGCGUUAAUAUCCAUAACGUUGGCAACCUUAGCUAUCAAAUCUGACAGCUCGGCCAUUUUGACCGAUUCCUGAAAGGAGAGCUGCAGCCUAUUUUACCACGAAGGAAUAAAUCCGGAAAAAUGUAGGACAUCAUUGGAGUUUACAACUCAGGUGUGGACAAAAAACCUAAAUAAAGCACUUGAACCACAAGCGCGACUACUUAUUCACCCGAAAUGUCACAGCGAAUAACAAAGCAGGCGAUAGUUGAGGCACUGGGUAACGCGGGCAUAAGCUUCUCCAAGUCGGCUAACCUAACCCAACUAAAGCGCCUCUACGCCGGACUCCACCAACUCGAAGAGCACGAGGAUGACGCCUCUAACUCCGAAGAAGAGGAUCCCGUAUGGGUGGUAUCCGCAGACGUGGAUGAUUUCGCCGGCUUUGGCGCCAGCGCGCUAACAGCCACCCUAACUAAUGCCGAAAAUGAGGGCACCACCCGGCCUGCCGCAGCCACUGCCGAAAAACUUCCCGUUGCCACCACAACCUCUGAGACCGGCCCCCAGAUAGUGAACGUGCCGUUGCCGCCCCCAAUAAAUCUGUUGCCACCACCAAUGCCGCCACCGCCGAUAUUAUGAACGAUGACGAACGUGCCGCUGACGCCGCCAGAAAAGCUAUCGCCACCGCUAAUGCCGCCAUGAGGACUGCGGCCAUAGUUAAUGGAAAUGCCGCUGCCGCCAAUACCACUGGUCGACACCACGGCCCGAAUGACCGCCACCGCCGCCAUGCCCCAUACGUUCGCCGCCGCCGUCGUAGGUCUACUGUCGUAACCGCCCAACCCAUCCCAGCCGAGGGGAUAACCACGACACCUUUAGAAAAGCAGAUAGAAGAAUUGCAAAAAGCAACUGCUGGAAUUGAGACGCCAAGUGCAGGAGCUCGAAGACAGGUUCGCCAACAUGCUCCACCCGCAAAGCAGAAUUUUGCGAUAUUGAACACGCGCUGCCUAAGUUCAGCUUAGAGGGCAGUGCCCAAACCAUAGGGAAUUUCUUAGCGGACUUUGAGGAGAUUAUGAGGACGGUCGAAGCCGAUGAUCGCUUCAGGCUUUUAAGCCUACGUCGCUCGCUCGAGGGCACCGCCAAACUUUUCCUGUCCACUACCUCGGCGCUAAGCUACGAAACGCUAAAGGAGGCCCUCAUGGAGGAAUUCGCCAUCCCAACUAGCAGACAUGACAUCUAUCGGAUGCUGGGAGGAAAGCGGUGGGACAGACGACGGGAGACCUUUCACUUUUACAUCCUGUCUAUGCAGGCGCCUGCAAAACGGGGCAAUGCCGAUGGCGCUAUGCUUCAACUGCAGUCAACGUGGGCACAUAAAGCCAAAAUGCCCGUACGACCUACGCCCCAAUGGAUCUUGCUUCCGCUGCUGGAAGAUGGGGCAUGACCACCGUUCCUGCCCCAACCCGAAAAAGAGCCUGAAGUCGCUGCCCGACCAACCAGUAAAUGCCGUAUAUUACGAAGACGUCGUGGGACUCGAUAAUUUAGACUUAUCCAACUAGUUUCGUGAAGAAAUCCUGCGUCCCCAAAUGCCUCAAUACAUUUAAUAAGCCGGAGCGUAGUUACGUUGGGGUUGGAGGCAAAAGAAUUAACGUAGUAGGCGUUGUCGACUGCACCAUCAACUACAAAAAUCAAUUAAAUAAAAUUAAGCUUAAUAUUUUACGUGACAAUGAAAUGUACACUCCCCUAAUCUUGGGCCGCGAUUUUCUAAAAACGUAUAAAAUACGUUUAACAAAAGUGAAAUUUAAAUAUUCAAUAAAUGAAUUAAAAUCGGUUAGAAAAUCAAAAAAACUUUGCACUUCUCUGCCGGGUGAAUUGGUUAAUGUUAUCAACGGGUUCAGCCUUUCCAGAGACCAUGGGGGACGCGCCUGCCGUGAAGACGUUAACUCAGUAGCACCAGAUAUUUUUAACUCUGAAUUAGGUAUUGAUGAAGUUGAUGUAGAUGUUGGCCGUCCAGGACCAGAUAUUCUUAACCGUUUUAAUGAAGACGCUGAUUUAGAUAUUGCCAGCCGUGAAGAUGUUAGUUCAGCAGCGCUAGAUAUUUUUAAUUCAGAAUUAGGUAUUGAUGAAGUCAAUGUAGAUGUUGGCCGUUCAGGACCAGAUAUUUUUAACCGUUGUAAUGAAGAAGCUGAUGUAGAUAUUGCCUGCCGUGAAGACGUUAACCUAGUAGCACCAAAUAUUCUUAAUUAUGAAUUAGGUAUUGAUGAAGUUCAUGUAAAUAUUGGCCGUCCGUUGGGGUAAGCCUGCCGCGACAGUCCUACCUCAGAAGUGCCAGAUAUUUUUAACAUAGAGGUCGGUAGUGGAGAUACCGACAUAGAUAUAGAUCUUACGUUAGGGUCAGCCUGUCGAGAGCAAUUAAAGUCCGUAGUGUACGAAUCGUAUAUCAGUUCCAACGUAGAGAUAGAGCCGUACGAAUACAAAAUAAAUAUCCACCUAACUUCAGACGUGCCUUUCUACUGUGCUCUUCGUCGGCUCUCUUUUGCUGAACGCACAGCCAUGCAAGAUAUUGUAAAGGACCUAGAGACGAGAGAUGUUAUCCGCCCUAGUAACUCGCCGUAUGCAUCCGCGAUAGUCCUAGUAAAGAAAAGAAAUGGGCAGCUGCGCCUUUGUGUCGACUACCGAGGCUUAAAUAAAAUCACUGUCUGCGACAACUACCCACUACCGCUCAUAGACGAUUGCGUAGAAUACCUGGAAGGUAAACAACUAUUUUGCGUGCUAGAUUUGAAGAACGGUUUUCAACAGGUUGGAGUUUCGCCAGAUUCUAUUAAAUAUACCUCCU